AUGCGGCACAGCAGGAGGAGAAGUGGAUAUGAGCCGUCGGAUACAGAGACGGAUUGGCAAGAAGACAGGAGAGACGAUGAUGAUGAUGACGAAAGCAUGACAAUCAUGACCAACAACAACAACAACAACAACCGUCCUCCUAUGCAGCACCCAAUCUCCAAUAGGAGACACAACAGCACCAAGUCCCCAUUUAAAUCCAAUAUCAAUAAUAUUGGUAAUGGUAAUGUUAAUUCUCUUCCACGUAGAACUUAUUCCGAUAAUAAAUGUCGAAAUCAUAGUCCAUUUUCGCUGUCUGAGAAGAGGAGGUCUUAUGCUGAUAACAGUAAUUGUUGUCACUUUUUGGAAUCUGAAACUAGGACUAGUGAUCAUCCUCCUCAUCAUCAUAACCACACCAAAAACAACUCUCACCAAAAUAUUUCUCCAUUCAAAACUAGUGUUGUACCAGAUGAUUUCAAUAAUCAUGAUGUUAGCUCCGGGAGGCAAAGAUCAACUAGUACUUGUAAGAAUAGGAGGGCAGCAUCCGCUCCAAGAUUCAGAGAAAAUUUGCCGAAUCAUAAUCAAUUACUCCCUCCUUCGGUUGAAAUAUUAAUGGUUCCACCUUCUAAAAAUAAUAAUGGUCAUUUCCAUGACAGCAUCGACUCCAUUUCUCCAGGGGACAUUUUCUUUUCAAAGGACUAUAUUGAUAAAAACACCUUCAUCAACAAUGUUAAGACCACCACAUUGCUCCCCAAGCCACCAGGUUUUCUUGAUAAUAGAACUAAUAAUUAUAAUAAUCCUCGUCCGACCCUCAAUCAUCAGAAUAUGACUAGCUCUGUUGUGAGCAGACAUAGUAGUAAUAUAAGCGAGUCUAGUGAUAGGACAACUGCCAGUACCAGAAAGUUUGUAAAUAACAUAAGAAAGAGCAGCUCCCAUUCUGACCAUGCAUGGUUCUCUUGCAUCAACAAAGGUUCUUGCAAGAAAUCAAAUAAAUCCCCAGAAAAAGACAGGCCGCCACCUUUCGAUGAAGCUUCUUUCAUUGGGAAGGCCGUUGUUGUUGAGAGCUUGAGACCAUUCUGGGCCGAUAAACAUCAGCCAGCUUCACUCAUUGGAUUCAUCUGCCACAACCAACAAGCUCACCUUCUCCACCAAAUUGCGAACAAUGAUGUCUUCCCACACAUCUUGUUCAAAGGACCACCUGGUACUGGUAAGAAGGCACUCACGAUGGCUCUCCUCCGUGAGAUAUAUGGCGAUCCUGUCUGGAAUAUCUCUCAUGACUUACGAUACUUCCACAUUCUGGAAUCAAGGCCGAUGCAAGUAGUAGUUCCUGUAACAACAAGUCCUCACCAUGUGGAACUCAAUGUAUACUUAGAGCCUAAAGCAGCAUAUGCAUUAACAGCUUUAGUCAAACAAAUAAGCACUGAACGAUCAGUCACACCUGAAAUCAGUGUAGCUCCAAAUAAGGCAGAUUUUAAAGGUAGUUAGGUCAUAUAUAUCUCUGUAACAAUU